AUGCUGCCCGCCGUCGUCACUGCCGUGUGCGAGGUUAUAAGAGAAGCCAGGGGAUGGAUUGGUCGAGUUUCCGUCGCUGAUCUGAACUUGGACAUGCGUUGGCUGAGGACUGUCGAGCUACUCGGGGCAGCUGGUCUGUUUGCCGCGUCCCCUUUGGUGGCGGCACAGACUGACUGCCCGGACUUCGCGACGUACGCGUCGAGUCCGCAAGGCAAUGCCUCGACUGGACCCCUUGGGUUACCUUACAUGCGUCCAGCUCCUGAGUGCAGAACUUUCAACUCUUCCGCGGUAGAGCAAGUCAUCGAAGACAUGAAAGCGCGCAUCAAGGACCCGGACCUCGCACGCCUAUUCGAAAACACCUUCCCUAAUACGCUUGAUACGACCGUGAAGUACUUCGACCCGGAUGCGAACUUGGCAUUUAUAAUCACCGGCGACAUCACUGCGCAAUGGCUCCGCGAUACCGCAAACCAACUAGCAGUCUAUCAAUCUGUCCUCCCGCAAGACGUUGAACUCGCGGCACUCGUGAAGGCGGUAAUCAACAACGAAGCGCGCUACAUCUCGCAGUAUCCGUACUGCGGCGCAUUCCAACCUCCUCCCGAGAGUGGCCUCGCGCCAAGUCAUAACGAUUAUGCUGACCUCGUCACCGUCAACCCACCCGUGGAUAACCAGACCGUCUUCGAGUGCAAAUAUGAGCUCGACUCUCUCUGCGGUUUCCUCAAACUCUCUCGUGGGUACUAUGAGGCUACGAAAGACUCGUCAUUCAUGAACGGGAACUGGACUGCCGCCAUCGACCAAAUCUUCACCGUGAUGGAAGACCAGUCGCAAGCGACGCUUGAUGCCGACUUUAACUUCGUGUCAUACUAUAACUGGACUGGAACUGCUGGAUCGCUCAGUCCGCCUGUGAACAAUCACGGGAAUGGUGAGCCAAAGGCGUACACUGGUAUGGUCGGCACACACCAUCGACCUAGCGAUGACUUGAGCGUGUAUGCGUUCCUCACGCCUGCAAACGCCAUGCUCAGCGUUGAGCUCUCUCGCCUGGCCGAUGUCCUUGAUGACGCAAACAUGUUCCCAAAUGUCAGUUCCUCUGCACGCGAGUGGAGUUCCCAGAUCGAAGCGGCCAUCUGGAAUACCACGGUUGUAGACAACAUCUUCGCCUAUGAGACUAAUGGUUUCGGAGGACGCUAUGUCAUGGAUGAUGCCAACGUCCCAUCCCUUCUGGCACUCCCUUAUCUCGGCUUCUUGAACAAGACCGACCCAGCAUACGUCGCAACGCGUGAGGUCCUGCUUUCGCGUCAAAACCCGUACUACGCGGCUGGCGCCAACUUCAGCGGCGUUGGCGGCCCGCAUGUCGAUGUCUAUCACCCAUGGCCGAUGUCGCGUAUUUCUGCUAUCUUUGGAACGGAUGACGACGAGGAGAUACUUGAGUCCCUCUAUCUCAUCGCGAACAACACAGCCGGACUGGGCCUGAUCCACGAGAGUGUCAACAUCUACAACGGCUCAGACUUUACUCGCCCGUGGUUCGCAUGGGCCAAUUCUUACGCUGCCGAGAUGAUAUUGGACCUAGCGGCACGCAAACCGCAUCUGAUUUUCUCCAGCAAUCAGAGCUAUACGCCCGGGGCAUGA